CGGAGUUGCGCAGUACAGGUGUUCUAGGACUGUUCGUAUAUCGCUAAACAUCUCAUAUAAGAACAUAGGAAUAAUAUUUGUGUCUUCAGAAUAUUUCAAAGUAUGCCUACCCCAAGUCAACAAAACUACCUCACGAAAGAGCUAGUCGCAAAUUCCAUGGAUGUAUUGGAUCCGUCGAAUCAGAGUAACCCUGAUAUUUGUAAUCAUGGGGAAUUUGGCCAUAUUGCAGCAUCCAGUUCAUCUUUUCAGGCCCGUCAAAAACUAUACUCAAUGAAUGAUCAUUUGCAAAUCUAUCAAAGCACUCCAGUCGUGUUCCCUUCUAAUGCUUCACCAACAGUAAGAUCUUCCCAAACCUUGAAUUCCUUGAAUGUAAAAACUUCUCAAAAUCAACAAUUAUCGGCAAAAACUACGAACUAUCUAACUGAAGCACCUACCCCAAAUAACAUGAACAAUACAGGAUUGCAGGCAAAAGUAUUGCAAAAUCAAUAUGUUGAUUUUCAAGGAUAUGACCCCCACAUUUUUGCUGAAAUUGCCAAUUCAAAUGAAACGGGGAAUCAAGUUCAAUCAAAAAUAUCAGCACCUCGGAAAAUGUCAUCCACAUCAGAAAACAGAAAUUCAUCUACAAAAUCAAAGUCUGGGAACUAUCCUGAACCAAUCAAGCCAAAAAUUGCAACAACGUUUUGGGAAGACGAGAAAACAAUGUGUUACCAAGUCAGAGCUAGAGGAAUAAUGGUUUCACGGAGAGAUGAUAAUGGAUAUGUUAAUGGAACUAAAUUGUUAAACGUGAUAGGAAUGACUAGAGGGAAAAGGGAUGGGAUGCUAAAAGGAGAAAAGGUUAGAAAAGUGGUUAAAUUUGGCUCAAUGAACUUAAAAGGAGUGUGGAUACCUCUCGACAGAGCAUAUGAAAUUGCUAGAAAUGAAGGAAUCGAUUCAGAAUUGUAUCCCUUAUUUGUCAAAGACUUGAAAGAGUAUUAUGAUUCAGUAGGUCAUAAACUCAAGGACCUGGGUCAUAAUGGAGAGUUAUCUUCAAAAUUAUUAUGA